GGACUGGAUAUUUCUCCCGACAUCGUACCUAUUUUAACAUUUACCGGUGUACUGGGAUACAUUACAACUUUUGCACUGGGCAUGGGAGGAUUACCGUGGGUUAUAAUGUCUGAGAUAUUUCCCAUCAAUGUGAAAGUGUCAGCUGGGAGUUUGGUGACAUUUACCAACUGGUCUAUUGGUUGGAUUAUCACUUACACUUUCAAUUUCAUGAUGGAAUGGAGCUCUUCAGGAACUUUCUUCUUCUUCUCUGGGAUUUGUGCGGUAACAAUUCUGUUUGUGUGGAUGUUGGUGCCGGAGACCAAAGGAAGAACAUUGGAAGAAAUACAAGCUUCGUUAACCCAUCUUUUGCAAUGAUCCCAUAGAUAUACACGACAAAUUAAAGCAAGCAAAUUGUUUAUAUGUAUAUAAAUAUAUAUAUAUAUAUAUAUUGGUAUGUGUAUUUUUUU